UGUCCAGUGACCACCAGGAUUCGCAUUUAAGUUCAAUACAUUCUGAAUUGACAGAAACACUUAUCGACAUCUCCAAUUCAAACCAAAGAACAGAAACAGUUUCAUUCUCGAGGCAACCACCAACAUUAGCUGAUCUGGGUUUACCCUCAAAUUAUGUAAUGGAGACUAUAUAUUGCCGCAUAGUUCCUAGUAGGGAUGAGUCCGUAGAAGUAAUUGAGGUCGUAGAUCCUCCAGAGCCCUCUACUUCAGAGAAAAGAAAAAGGUCCAGCCCUGCUGAAGAAGCCGAAACUAAAAAAAUUAAGACCGAUCAAAGUGAUAGACAAUUUAUACCGGUAACGGAUGAAGAUGAACCUAUGCCAGAAAUAAAAACAGAAGAGCAAGCUUCUGACUGUGAUAAAGAAGUUGAAUCUAUUAUGUCUAGUCAGAGGAGUCAAAACGAUAGCUUAAGAGUCGAUAAUCAAGAGGCAAAUACUACAAGAAGAGUAACAGUUGUUAUGUCAUAUGACGGUACGUUCAUGACACGAAUCAUUCUCCAUCCAUUCACAAAGGAAGAACCAAAACCAGCCCCCCCAAAACUUGAGCUGGAAUCACCGAAUUCCCCCAAACGGCCUUCAAAACCAACGAGAAGAUCUGUACCAUUGCAAGACACCUGUUCUACAACUGCCAGACGAAACAGCUUGAGACACCCCAAACCAGGUGGUGGAGCCGGUGCUAUGAGCAGAGUGGAUACCUCGAGGCGGGAAAGUUUGCCCAAACCGUUGAAAGUAGUGUCGAAACCGGAAGUAGUCAAGCCCCUAGCGAAACAUGCAGAAGCUAAACCGGUGGCAGCUACCAGUCAGACUGGAUCCAGAACAACAAGGCUUUCUGCUGGACAAGCUAAGACAACUCCCAAACCUACUAGGAGCAGCGCUCCGGAUGCGAAGAAAACAGGAGUCAAGCCGAAAGAAACUACAACCAAAAAAGAAGAUGAUUCAACCAAAAAGAGCACGAUAACUACGCGAUCAAAGUCCAAAUCUCCAAGGAAAGGUGGAUCUUUCAGAAGAUAAAAUUAGUCUGUGAUUGUAUUAUUAUAAAUUUUAUUUUGUGUUGUAGAUGUUUUGUAUUUGGAUUUAAAUUUAUUGUUGUUUAAUGUUUUAACUUGGUGAUUGAUCACUGAAACGAAAUAUAUGAUGACUUUUUUUUAUUUCAAAAAGUAACUUUGAAUUUUUUGAUACAUUUCUGCGAAACUAUCACAGUUUUUACGUUAUCAUAAAAAUUAAUUGCAAGUUUCGAAUGAAGAAAUAAAUAUUAAAAAAUUAUUGAUUUAUUCUAUAUCUAUAAAUAUUCUAUGUACAUUAUUUCGUGUAUGAAUCUCGUAAAUACUGACAUACUUUAUGAUCAAAAUAUAAUUUUAACAUGUU